GGGCAGGGCAGNGGGGCGGACGGGGCGCGGCGCAGGGAGCGUUGUUUUGAAGAAUGUCUGGAAGUUUCUACUUCGUGAUAGUUGGUCAUCAUGAUAAUCCCGUAUUUGAAAUGGAAUUUCUGCCUCCUGGAAAAGUAGAGUCGAAGGAUGAUCAUCGCCAUCUCAACCAGUUCAUUGCCCAUGCUGCUCUUGACCUCGUAGAUGAGAACAUGUGGCUUUCUAACAACAUGUAUUUGAAGACUGUGGACAAGUUUAAUGAAUGGUUUGUUUCUGCUUUUGUCACAGCUGGACAUAUGAGAUUUAUAAUGCUUCAUGAUGUAAGGCAAGAAGAUGGCAUAAAGAACUUCUUUACUGAUGUAUAUGAGUUGUAUAUAAAGUUUGCAAUGAAUCCAUUUUAUGAACUCAAUACUCCUAUUCGAUCCACUGCCUUUGAAAGGAAAGUCCAGUUCCUUGGGAAGAAACACCUUUUAAGCUGAAUAAAUAAAUUUUCUGAGAAUUGUAGAUGAGAAAUGUCCUCAGGUCCACCUAGGCUUCAUGAAAACAACUGUUACUGGCCACAGGAAUGGAAGAAUUACAUCCUAACUCAUCACCUUUGUGACUGAGUUCAUGGUUCAGGAGCAUUGUCUUGUGACAGAAGUCUGAAGGCCUUGGUGAGGUAGCUCCAAGUUCUCUGUACAUGGACAAACACUUGUUUAUGCUUUAGUUUGUGACUCUUCAGUCAGCUGAAAGACCACUAGCUGAAGUGAUGGAUGGAAAUUGUCUUGUGGUCAACUGAAGUAACAAAUCUGCUCUAGCUGGGAAGGCUGCAGUUCUGGCAUGCUUCAGUGAACAGUUUCUCAGUGAAGAGACACCUCCUUUGCAAGGAUUAUCUUCUACCCUCUCAGGGACUUAAGAGUAAGAAUUCAAAACAAAGUCUGUUGCAGUACAAGAAAACAGAUAAUCUGCAUUAUGCAAUAAAGGCAAUAAAAAGUUUAUGAGUUAAAGGGACUAGAAUUACCCUAAGUCAUCAAAAAUCAAGCAUAAGGAGAUGAGAACAUUAUCACAAGCUAACAUGAAUCAGCCUUAGUAAGUAUGGGCCGGAAAUGCAAUUCAAACUCCACUUUCUACAAGGUUCUAUUACUGUUUAGGUAACCUGUCAGGUUACCUGUACAGUAAGAUCCAGGUGAGGUGUGGAGCAGCUGUUAAAGCAGUGUUUGUAAGCAUUGAUACAGUUUGCUGUGACAUGAGCUCAGCUGUCCUAGGUAGCUUCUUCUGCCCCUUUCUAUUCUGCUCUCUAACAAGUACAGCUUUCAGCAGUCCCAGCAACCUGCCACAACUGUAGUUUUUCCUCUUUAUUUUAAAGGACACCUGGAACCUUGUGUACAUGUUACACAGUAUGCUGUCAAUCCACAGAACUCCAAAUACUGCUAACAGGACCCUGUAAUACUGGAGGUGUGCUAGCUCUUGAAAUAAGUCAGUGAAUUUAAACAUAAGCCACAAAUGCCUACCUUACAUCCAUAUGGAAUGAUACCUAGCUUUUACAAAGUACAGAAAUCAAUGUUUGCUAUUAAGCAUUAUGAUUUUAUACCUGUCACUUACAACUGCUUGUCAGAUUUUUGAUUCUGUAGGCACUCGGUAGUUUCUCUCUGAGAUCAAUUCCUGACCUAAACUUAAUUUCUAUACUGUGUUGUUUUCUACAGCAUGUACAUGCCUGUUAAGUGUACAGUUGUGGUACAGCAGCACCCAGGGCACAAGUAAAACACUUCUAUGGGAUAAUGUUUUAACUUUAUUAAACCUACUACUCAGAUGGAGGCUUGGUAACCAUGUUAAAUGGAAAGGGGAAAGAUGAGAAAACACAGAUGCCUAGGCACAAGAAAGACCACAGUGGUUCUUAACCUCCAUUUUUUCUUUUUAGUAAUCUUAUCUGAAUGGUAUCUAUAGUAUUCUAGUCACAGUAUCUUCAGCUCCUAUUUUGUUUCAGCCUUAAUCUCUGCUAAAAUGAAUGUUAAAGGAAGCUUUCAGUUGUAAGGUAGAAGUUUUACAACAAUUUCAUGUCACUAGCUUAGUAGCCCCUAACACAAGCAAUCUUAAUUUCUAAAGCUUUUUGCUCGCUCAUCCUAAGAUUAAGAGGGAUUUAGCUAAGAUUUUCUUCACAGAUCUUUUCAUUCAUUGACUAGAAAUUAAAUGUAAGUAGCAGUUCAACCUGUAUUUAACUGCUCAGUGACUGAAGUUUAAAACACAGUUGUGCUGGCAUAGAUGCAGGACUGCAAGACUGAAUCAGACUUAGGAAUGCACAAAAGACAAAAAAAUGGCACUUCUAAGCAGAGUAGCAGAUAUGCAAAGUAAAGUUGUCCUGGACACGUUCAAGCAAGCAUAAAAUGCAUACAGCAAAGUGUAUUAAGAGCAACAAGAAGGGUUUGUUUUUGCAAGCUUUACUUCCAAAUAAUUAUACCUGGUACAGAUUGAUCAGAUACGUUUAAGAUAAAAUGCUUGCUGGUAAUGUUCUCUCAAAAAAGGCUUUUCCAUUGAAACAAAAAAGUUGUACAGAAAUCAGUUGUUUAAUUAAUAACAUGGCCUGUCCUACAGCCUCAGACUUCCUUUCUCAGACCACAUGUGUGCCUGUUAGCCCUCAGAUUACAGAUGGAAGCAAUAGUGCAGUAGUAAUUUUGCUAUUGCAAGGACAGUGGUUACUCCUGAGAACCAAUAUUGAACAAUUUCUCAUACAAGUAUUCUACCACUUAAACUGCACAUGAAAGUCUAAAAAACACCUCUAGUUUUGUCUGCCUGACUGCAAAAGACUGUCCAAUAAAUACAGAAUUUGCUUCUGUUCAUCAUUAUGAAAUGAAUUCAGUAAUAUAAAAGACAUUCUUAAACGUAGAAGUCCAUAUCCUAAAAUAGCAAUUUUAAUAAGGAUCAAAUUCAGCUCAAAUACAAUGUAUAGUUAUAUAUCUGUAUUAGGGCUAAAAGCUGUCAAAAUCUACUGUAAGUCAAGAGCUUCCUGAGUUCUCUACAUAUUGCUAAUCCUUACUAUCACAGUGCAGGUAUUACUGGUAAACACAUUCAUAGCUCAGGUUAACAGGAACAAGAAGUUUUGAGUUUGUAAGGCUGUACACAAGGAGUUUUCCUAAAAAACUGUCACAAUGUGGAUCCUUUCAAGGGCUAUUAAAGCUGAUUGAAUAAAGCAUUUCUUUUUGCUUUAUGGUUAUACUUCAGUUACUCAGAUUUUUCACCUAAUUGAUCAGAAACAUGCUAGAAUGGACUUAAGGCAAAGACACAUACUAAUUUUAAAAAUUAUCAGUAUUCUGGAUUAAACCACUGAAAAAGUAGUGCAGCAUUAGAAUAGUAGAUGGGAAAAAAUGAACAUUACAUACAUAGGAAAUUUAUUUCCUACUUAUAAACCUUCACAGCUUACAGCAACAUCAGGCAAUUAGAAUACCUGGAUGUAAUUUAUAUUAAUUUAUAAUAACCAUGUUAGAGAUGAAGUACCACUCACAGCAAAAGGAAUGUAGUGAGAUUGAAGUUUAAUAUCUAGCAUUGUUAAGAAACUGACAUCUAACAAAACAAAAGUGGAAUGCCGAUUUCAUAAAAAUAUACACAUAUAAAAGUAUCUUUGUGCCUGAAUUCCAGAACAGCUUCUCCAAAGUAGUGCUUCUAGAACUUUCAAGUUUUAAUUAUAUUCAAAGUAUUUAUCAUUUGAAUAAAGUUGGCAAAUUACAA